AUACCAAAGAGGCGGGAAAGCUUAAACCCUAGUACCCAACCUUCAAGAAAUUGGCUAAGCUUUCUGAGUUCGUUCAAUCCAAAAUAUGGGAAUUAAGGGUUUAAUGAAGCUGUUGGCUGAUAAUGCUCCAAAUGGAAUGAAGGAGCAGAAAUUCGAGAGUUAUUUCGGUCGUAAAAUAGCAAUCGAUGCUAGUAUGAGCAUUUACCAGUUCCUGAUUGUAGUAGGACGAAGCGGUACGGAAAUGCUCACUAACGAAGCUGGGGAAACUACUAGUCAUUUGGUUGGGAUGUUUUCGCGGACGAUUAGGCUUCUGGAAGCUGGAAUCAAGCCUGUUUAUGUUUUUGAUGGUAAGCCCCCUGAUUUGAAGAAGCAAGAACUUGCAAAACGUUACUCUAGAAGGGAAGAUGCCACAGAUGACUUGGCUAAGGCUACAGAGAGUGGCAACAAGGAGGAUAUUGAGAAAUUCAGCAAGAGAACAGUAAAGGUUACGCCACAACACAAUGAUGACUGCAAAAAGCUUCUCAGACUAAUGGGGGUACCUGCUGUUGAGGCUCCUUCUGAAGCAGAGGCCCAGUGUGCUGCACUUUGCAAGGCAGAAAAGGUUUAUGCUGUGGCCUCUGAAGAUAUGGAUUCCUUAACUUUUGGAGCUCCAAAGUUUCUUCGCCAUUUAAUGGAUCCUAGCUCCAAAAAGAUACCAGUGAUGGAAUUUGAUAUCUCCAAGGUAUUGGAGGGACUUGAACUUAGUAUGGAUCAGUUCAUAGACUUGUGCAUUCUUUGUGGAUGUGAUUACUGUGAUAGCAUCCGAGGCAUAGGGCCCCAGACGGCUUUGAAGCUUGUACGCCAACAUGGGUCAAUGGAGAGCAUAUUAGAGAAUAUUAACAAAGAGAGAUAUCAAAUACCUGAUGAUUGGCCUUAUGAAGAGGCUAGGCGGCUCUUCAAGGAACCAUUAGUUGUUACAGAUGAUGAGCAAACUGAUCUAAAAUGGGCUGCUCCUGAUGAAGAAGGGUUGGUUAACUUUCUGGUAAAGGAAAAUGGAUUCAACAUUGAUAGAGUUACAAAGGCAAUAGAAAAGAUCAAGACAGCCAAGAACAAAUCUUCUCAGGGGCGGCUAGAAUCAUUCUUUAAACCAGUUAGCACAUCUGCUCCAGUUAAAAGAAAGGGGACUAAAUGUGUUCUUGUAUCUCCGAUUCCUGUUACCAAGUUUAAGACACUCUCUUUACGAUCCAGACCUGGUGUCCUUGGAAAGCUAAUCUUCCCAUCUUUAGAAUUGGGGUUGAAUUACUCCGUGCCGCUAUCCAGACACGUCUGCUUCGGCAUAUGAUGCUGAAACAGUUCACACCACUGAGAAAGGAGCUGCUAACAAGAAAUCAAAGGCUGGUGGUAGUAAGAAGAAAAAGUAGUUAGCAUCAAGUUAAAGCUUGCAGUGAAGUGAUGGUUUCGUACCUUGGUCAG